AUGUUGUUUCUAACCAAUACGAGAGAAAACUUAUCAGCGAAAUCUACUGAAAUCAUGGCAACUACAAUACGUGCGGCAGAUCAUAUGCCGAUGUUUGUGAUCAAUAUAUGUUCGUCAGAAGAUUACAGUACCUCUGAUGAGCUAAUAAAAAACCCUCCCACAGCGAGCGUGUUGACACGCUCACUAAGUUUACCUAAUCACGGGCAAGCUUACAAAGAUCUUUGUGGUACUAUUCAUUAUUCGUCAUCAAAUUCAUACAAAAGUUCCAUCACACGAUCACAUUCCUAUCCGAACAAUUAUCUCUUACAUGAGAAAUCUCUCGGCUUACAAUCUUCGACUUCUGUUAUCAACUGUGGUAUGGGAUUACUUGAUCCAUAUAAUGGCACUCAAUCUCCCGGUGGUUCUUCAUCACGUUACUCGUUGUACGGAAGUUUUUUUGAUCUUUCAGAAAGUGGCUAUCAUCCAUCGUUAAUGAAAACAGACAAUAAAUUGCUGACGAUCGAUGGCAAGCCACUUUUCAUUGUUGAUAAUCCACCCCGAUUAUCAAUGAAUACAUAUCAAGACAAAUGUAAGGACUGGCUUACUCAUCUUGAUUCUAUGUAG